AUGGAUAACGUUGUUCUUACUUCGGACAGUCCGGAAGCGUCACCUGACGAUAUCUUAAUCGAUUGUGACGAUUCCUCCGCAACAGCUGAUGAUUCACCAUUACUUUCAGAUGGUCACUUAGCAGAACUCAACUCGGCACAUCAUCCACCUUCUUUUGAUGAAAACAAUUCCGUUGGUAGACGAUGUCCAAUUUCAGUCAAAAAAAGACUUCUAAUCGGUUGUCUUCUUGGAUCAUCAAUAACACUUUUAGCAGUCAUUUCAACUGGAUUUAUUCUAUCAAAAAAAUUAUCGAAAAAUUUCGAUACGACGACAACAACAACAGAAACUACUUUGCCAAAUCAAUCCUCAACAACAACAAUCGAAACUGUAACAUCUUCGUCGAAAUCCUGUUCAAUUCCAACCGUAAAUGGCAAAUGGAAUGAAACAGGUUUUGUAUUAAUAAAUCCCGGAGGUGAAUGUUCUUCAAAUGAAUAUGGUUUAUGUCAUUCUCAAGAUUUCUUUUUUGAUGAUAUUCACUAUACUCUUUAUGUUGCUGAUACAAAAAAUGAUCGAAUACAAAAAUAUUCUCUAAAUGAACCAUUUAAUCCGAAUCCAGGUCUUCUUGGAGUUACUGUAGCCAGUAGAAAUCUUUCUUCUCCACAAUCUCUCUUUGUUGAUGUUCAAACAGAAGAUAUUUAUAUUUUGGAUUUUCUUGAAAAUGAUACAACUGAUAAUAAAACAGACAUUGUUUCGUAUCGUGUUCAUUUAUGGAAGAAAAACGAUCAAAUUGGAAAGAUUUUACUGAGCGAACAAGGUGAAUAUUUAUAUUCACAAUCUAUUCAUCGUUUAACAUUGGAUAAACAAAUGAAUAUUUAUGUUGGAACGAGAUAUUUCAUUAAGAAAUGGUUAAAAUCAACUGAUUAUACCCAAAAUGUCAUUGUUGCUGGAAAAAGUCGAUCGAAUUUAACCGACCAAAGUAAUCUUUGGGAUCCAGUGGGAUUUGUUGUUACUGAUGAUUUAACGUUAUUUAUCGCUGAUUGGCAAAAUAAAAGAAUUCAAAAAUGGAAAGACAAUGCAACCGAAGGAGAAACAAUUGUCAAAAAUUUAACAUAUGUCAUUGGAUUAACAAUGGAUUGUAACGGAUUUCUUUAUUAUGUUGAUAUGUAUGAACGAACAAUUCAUCAAAUUGAUUUAGUCAACAAUCAGAAACGAGUAAUUGUUACAGAUCAAGGUGAAUUCAGAAGUAGUUGCUAUUUUGGUCAAAGAGCAAUUCGAACUGACCGAUUUGAAAAUAUUUUUCUUUUAGGAGAUAAUCAACUAUGUCAAUUUUCUUUGCAAAUAACUACAUAA